UGUACUUUGAACGCGACGAAAGGUUCCCCAGUACGACACGCACUUUUGCCGUUUUGCCAGCGAAGAAGAACAGCAGGGUUGAUGGCUGAUACUCUGAUACUAUAUGAACAUCCCAAGCCUAGCAGAUGAACAUUUCUCUUCUCUCUCUGCCCCCACCGGCACCGCUAUCCCGAACCCGACAAUUAUUCCGCUUUCUCCAUUGAUUUUUCAUCUGUGUGGUCGAGCAAGAAGCCCAGAAUGGAGCCUAUACAGCAACGAGCGAGCUUGGAUGAAGACGACGGCGGCGGAGGAGGAGGAGCGGCGGCGAAGGGGUUCGCAUGGAACAGAAACGACGGCGUUGGAGGAAGAAUCAAGCGAGAAAUGAAGGCGCCGUCGUAUUGCUGUGAAAGUGACAGUGGGUGGUACGUGAAUAGCCAUAAUGGAGAAGACCCACCACGGUCAUCUUCCUUGUUUCAGGGCUCUUCUUCACAGGAGAAUUGUGAUUUCUCGACGCCUCUGUUGCAGAAUCCUAUGGAGUCGGCGGGGUAUAGCGGUGGUCUUCACCCUACUGAAUCCCCUCUCUCGGCGGCGGCGUUUCAUCCCAAGCCGCCUUACUUGUCUUCGCUGCUCAGCGCGGUUUGCAACUACCCGUUCGACGAUAAUCUGGAUUUGCUCAGCGAUUCCGGGUUCUCGGAUACUCCGGCUUGGAAUUCAAAUGAUUCCAUGGGGUUUCACGGGGGGUUGGGUUCACAGAUGAGGCUGGUGGAUUCCGAUUUGGGGUUUGUUUCCCCGGCGGAGGCGCGUUUGCUCCCUCUCGCCGACAAUGGCGGCGGUUUUAGCCCCCCGCCGGGUUUGGAUGGAUAUGGAGCGAUGGUUUUGAAGCCGCUCCAUAAUAAUAAUAGUCCAUCCCCGGGGAUGGGGAGCUCUAAUCUGAAUCUCUUCCAGAAGAGACUGGCUAUGCGUCAGAAAUCCGGAGAAUUUCAAGAAAAUUCUCAAAUCACCAUUGGAGGCAUAGGGUCAUCGCUGCACACGAGCGGCGGCGAUGACAUCACCGGGAUGAGUGGGUGGCACUCGGAUUCCGACGACCCGUCGGAGAACGUGAAUGAUGGAUUGGAGAUUUCGAACGCCAAUAGUUCAGUGAUUGACGGGGACCCCAAAGGGAAGAAGGGGAGACCUCCGGCGAAAAAUCUUAUGGCAGAGAGAAGGAGAAGAAAGAAGCUUAACGAUAGGCUAUACUUGCUUAGGUCUGUCGUCCCUAAAAUCAGCAAGAUGGACAGGGCCUCCAUUCUUGCUGAUGCUAUUGAUUACUUGAAGGAGCUUCUACAGAGGAUCAAGGACCUAAACGAUGAACUACAGAUGUUGGCAUCUAAUGGCUCUUCUGUACCGCCUGUUGCUGGACUUCUCCCGUCCACUUCUGCUAUGCCUACCCUGCCCUUUCCCGUGAAGGAGGAAUCUUGGAAAACCUCGUUACCAAGCCCAAAUAAUCAGCCACCUAUGGUCCACGUCGAGCUCAGAGAAGAGAACGCUUUCAAUAUCCACAUGUUCUGUAGCCGUAGGCCUGGGCUCUUACUCUCCACGAUAAAGGCGUUGGACAACCUUGGAAUGGAUAUUCACCAGGCAGUCAUCAGCUGUUUCAACGGUUUUGCAUUAGACGUUUUUAGAGCCGAGAAAUGUAACCAAGUGAUGGAUGUUCAUCCCGACGAGAUCAAAGCUGCUCUGUUGGACACCGCCGCCUUCCAUGGGUUGGUAUAAUAGACUUGGUUGUUGUCUCAAGGAACAGUUUAGAAUUAUGGGUUUGGGAUUUGAAUGCUAACCUCAAGGUUGUUUGUGAGCUUUCUUAGUAUGAAAAGCAAUUUGUUAAUUUGGAAGCCUAGUAACUAAUAGGCAUGGAAAUAGAGAGUCUGAAAAUGUUGCAUAAAUUUAGCAAUUAGGGCUUUUGUACUCUAUUGUUUUGUGAUAAACUUGAUGUAUUAAGUAAUGCCUAAAGUCUAAACCCUCAAUUGGGAAUGAUGUAAUCCAGCUAUAUGGUCCUUGUUUUUGCUUUACUAAA